AUGAUGCAGUUCUUCCGAAGUCUCGGCGUCGGUUUUAUUGCGUUGGCAUUGUGUACGUAUACUCUGUUUCCUGGAAAUCCCCUGACAAACAUUACCUUUCCCGUGUACGAUGAUGGCGAGGGCUACACCUUUGGUCUGAUCCUGCCAGACUCGGCUCUCACCACUGAUGAGUAUGACUACAUCGGCUACCUGAGCUGCACAACGCCCGCAGGAGCCGGAGACGCAUGGUGUGGACUCUCCCACGGCCAGUCCGGGCAGAUGACGCAGGCCCUUCUGCUCAUGACCUGGCCCUACCAGGACCAAGUCCUCACCUCGUUCCGGUACGCCUCAGGCUACGCAACGCCGGACCUGUACACGGGCAACGCCACGCUGACCACGCUCGCCUCCUCCGUCAACGACACCUUCUUCGAGAUUGUGUACCUCUGCCAGAACUGCUGGCGGUGGGACCAGGACGGGGCGACGGGCAACGUGUCGACCAGCAGCGGCAUUGCGAUCCUGGGCCGGGCGGCGGCGGACGAGGCGCCUGGCAACCCGGGGUGUCCGGAUGAUAUUGUGAUUCCGUACCACUCGCGGGCGUUUGGGCAGUAUGGCGCGCCGCUCACCAGCGCCACGGCUGCGUCGUACUCUGCGUAUGCCACCAUGGCUGCCAAGGCGACCACCACGGCGGCGACGUGUGGCGCAGCCACCACGACGAGCGGCGGCGGCAGCAGCAGUGCCACGACGACAACAUCUUCAGUGACGGCCACUGUCACGACCAGCGUGGCGUGCCAGACGAUUCCUGCUGGCAAGACGUACGACUAUAUUGUUGUUGGGGGUGGUGCGGGGGGGAUUCCCAUGGCAGACAAGCUGAGCGAGGCCGGCCAUAGUGUCUUGCUUAUCGAGAAAGGUCCUCCAUCUACUGCUGAAUGGGGUGGUGAUAUGGGCCCAGACUGGCUGGACGGGACGAAUCUGACCCGAUUUGAUGUCCCUGGCUUGUGUAAUGAGAUUUGGGUGAAUUCAACCGGUGUUGCAUGUACGGAUACCGACCAGAUGGCUGGCUGUGUUCUUGGAGGUGGCACUGCGGUGAAUGCUGGACUGUGGUGGAAGCCCAACCCGCUUGACUGGGACGAGAACUUCCCCACAGGCUGGCACGCCAUCGACGUAGUCAACGCCACCAGCCGCGUCUUCUCCCGCAUCCCAGGCACAUGGCACCCCUCCAUGGACGACAAGCUGUACCUGCCGCAAGGCUACAACAUGCUCGCGGGCGGGCUCAACGCCUCGGGCUGGGCGUACGUGCUGGCCAACGACGUGCCCGCGCAAAAGAACCACACGUUUGGCCACACCGAGUUCAUGUUCGCGGGCGGGCAGCGCGGCGGGCCCCUGGCGACGUAUCUGGCGACGGCGGCGGCGCGGUCGCAGUUCUCGCUGUGGAUGGACACGGCGGUCGAUCGCAUCGUACGCGACGGUGCGGCUGCCACGGGCGUCGAUGUGUCUUGCUCGGCUGGGACGGGUUACUCGGGCACUGUGAACUUGACUCCUGGUACUGGGCGGGUCAUUGUCUCUGCGGGUACUUUUGGCACGCCCAAGUUGCUGUUCAGGAGCGGCAUUGGUCCGACAGACCAGCUCGCUGUUGUCCAGGGCUCAGCGGAUGCAGACUUGAUGGUUGACAGCAGCGAGUGGAUCGAUCUUCCUGUUGGUUAUAAUCUUGCCGAACAGAUGAACACCGACACAAUCAUCACUCACCCCGACGUGGUCUUCUAUGACUUUUACGCAGCAUGGACCGACCCCAUCGAGGCUGACAAGGACGCAUAUCUCGACAACCGCACAGGCAUCUUGACCCAGGCGGCUCCCAACAUCGGGCCCAUGAUGUGGGACUUGAUCACCGUUUCAGACGGCACCACACGCCAGCUCCAGUGGACGUCUCGCGUAGAAGGAGACUCCACCAUCACAAAUUCAACCCAUGCCAUGACCAUGUCUCAAUAUCUCGGCCGCGGCCAAGUCUCCCGUGGCCGGACGACCAUCAGCGCCGACCUGAGCAUGGCCGUCACCACCGAGCCGUUCUUCCACAACGAUGGCGACAAGGAAGCUGUCAUCCAGGGCAUCAAGAACCUCCAGGCUGCCCUGGCCAAUGUCGAGGGACUGGAGUGGGUUAGGCCGAUGCCGAACCAGACCGCCGAGGACUACGUCGACUCUCUCCUUGUCACCGCCAACGGACGGCGGGCGAACCACUGGAUGGGCACCGCCAAGAUCGGCUCUGACUCAGGCCUCGAGAACGGCACGGCAGUGGUCGACCUGAACACAAAGGUGUACGGCACAGACAACAUCUUUGUCGUCGAUGCGUCCAUCUUCCCCGGCGAGCUGACUGGCAACCCCUCCGCGACCAUCGUCAUUGCGGCCGAGCAUGCGGCCGAAAAGAUCUUGGCCCUGGCGCCUGCGAAUAGCAACGCGAACAGCAGUGUUUGUGACCAACCUCGUUGA